GGGAAACUAUCCCGCCGGCACGCGUUAGCGGCAACCGUCGCCGGUGGCACUAGCCGCUUACUUUACAUCCAUGAUGUAAUUAGCCAGACUAGAUAUCUAGUCGACACAGGCGCCGAAGUCAGCGUCCUUCCUGCUACAGCAGCAGAUCGACAGAAGGAUCCUAACCUCAACCUACAGGCUGCAAAUGGAAAACCAAUUGCAACCUAUGGUCGGAAAUACGUCUAUCUGAACGUAGGUUUACGCAAACCUAUUCGGUGGAUUUUUCUGAUCGCUGACGUCACAAUGCCCAUCAUCGGCACGGACCUACUUAAUCAUCAUGAUUUGCUCGUAGACGUCCGCCGUAAACGAUUAAUUGACAACACUACUAGUUUGUCUAUCAAAGGCAUAACUUACGUAGGCCCAAGCUUGUCAAUCGUUAAGAUGAAAGCAAUCCCCGAUCCAACUUUCCAACCGAUUGUUGACAAAUAUCCGGAACUGAAUUGCCCAUCUAACGAUCUCCCGUGUAUAACCAGCAAUGUUAUGCACCACAUCAUAACCUCAGGACAGCCCGUGACAUCUAAAGCACGACGACUGGCCCCUGACAAACUGAGAAUUGCCAGAAACGAAUUCGAUCAUAUGCUCACCCUUGGCAUCAUUCGGCCAUCGAAUAGUCCAUGGGCAUCCCCAUUGCAUAUGGUUCCAAAAAAAGAUAGUAACGAUUGGCGACCCACUGGUGAUUACCGGCGAGUCAACGCCAAAACUACCCCCGAUUGCUACCCAUUGCCUCACAUACACGACUUGACGGCAACGUUAUCUGGAGCAUCUAUAUUCUCCAAAAUCGACUUGGUUAAAGCAUAUAACCAAAUCCCGAUGGCAACGGAAGAUAUUCCGAAAACGGCUAUCAUCACGCCUUUCGGACUUUUUGAAUUCCUACGUAUGCCAUUCGGCCUCCGGAAUGCGGCACAAACAUUCCAACGCUUCAUCAACGAAGUAUUUCGCGGUCUCGACUUUGUAUACGCAUACUUAGACGACUGCCUCAUUGCCAGUCCAGAUAAGGAAACUCACCUUAGACACUUGGACUUGGCAUUUGAAAGGUUACGCCAACAUGGUGUUACCAUCAAUAUACAGAAGUGUCAGAUAGGCGUUGGCUCACUCGAUUUUCUGGGUCACACUAUUGACUGCCAGGGUAUUCGCCCACUGGCUACCAAAGUCGAAGCAAUACUGAACUUUCCGGAGCCAAAGACAGUAAAAUGCCUUCGCACUUUUAACGGCUUGCCAUUAACCGAUCUCCUUCGAGGGAACAACAAGGCUAUCGAACUCGACACGUCUGCUCGACAUGCUUUUACUCAGGUAAAGAAAGCUAUUGCAGAUGCCACCCUUCUUAUGUAUCAAGAUCCAACGGCACCGUUGAGUAUCUCGGUUGAUGCAUCAGACACUGCAAUCGGCGCAGUUCUGCAACAACUAGUUAACAACGAAUGGCAACCACUCGCCUUUUUCUCGAGGCGCCUUCAAGUAGCUGAAACGAAGUACAGCACAUUCGGAAGGGAACUUCUAGCUAUGUACUGUGCUAUACGUCAUUUUCGACAUUCAGUUGAGGGUCGUGAAUUCACCAUUUUCACUGACCACAAACCUCUGACGUACUCUCUGAACUCAACUUCAGAUAAGUAUUCACCCAGGGAAUCGCGACAACUAGAUUAUGUUUCACAGUUUUCAUCAGAUAUUCGCCAUGUUUCCGGAGUGAACAACACUGUGGCAGAUGCCUUGUCACGUAUUUGUUCUUUCACCCAAAUCGAUGGCAUAGACCUUGUAAAACUGGCUCGUCUUCAAAAAGAAGAUAUUGAGCUUCAGCGUGAGUUGUCGAAAACAACUCUACAACUAGCCAAGAAACCCUUAGGUGCAACGGGCACUGGACAGGAAACAAACGAAGCACGGGAUCCAACGAACAACAUUGAGGAAGCUAUGUACAGACACCCUAUUAGCAUAGGCAGACAGACCAGCAGGCUCUCGAUCAAGCCGCUCGGAAGAUUUUUUUCACCCAUCAGGGAACCAUCGAGAUUUUUUUACUUCCGGCUGGUCAUGUCUUAGGGUCCUCACAAACCCACUAGGGGGGGAGUGAGCUGUAGCGGUAAAUAAUUCCCCAAAAUUAUUAACCACAGCAAUCAUCACUCAACAUUGGAUGCUGACCAUCACUGUUUAAGUCGACUUGUUUAGCUGAAGGCUUACGGUCAAGCAUCCCCGCCAUUUGGUGCUUCGUCGUGUCACGUGCGUGCACGAUUACUAGCUAGCUAAGCAUUCAUUCCUACCCGCGAUUUGGUCCCAAAAUAUAUAUCGU